AGGAGAGUAGUUGAAAUUGGGUACUACUUAAUUCAUUAUAAUAAUAAUUAAAAAAAAUAUAUUAAAAAGAAUGGUCAUAAUAAAUUAAUAAUAAUCCCUCAAUAUUUUAUUCUAAUUGUAGUCCUACAGUUCUGGGGUCAUCAUCAUCACUUCACUUCUAAAAUACAAUGGUUAUAAAUAAAAAAAAAUUAAAAAGAAAAAAGGAGAUUAAUUAAUGAUCAGAGUCCAAAUGGUCAAUUAAGAGUUUGAAGGGAACUCUUGCCAGUUGCCUCUGCCAAAGGAAUUUGGUCCAAGAUGACUUCAUCAGAUUCUAAGAAGCUUACCUUUGAGGAGGUGGCCCAGCAUAACCAUAAGAAAGAUUGUUGGAUUAUAAUUUCUGGAAAGGCCUAUGAUGUGACUCCAUUUUUGGAAGAACAUCCUGGUGGUGAUGAAAUCUUACAACAAGCAACGGAGAAGGAUGCAACUGAUGAUUUCGAAGAUGUAGGCCACAGUGACAGUGCAAAGGAACUGAUGGAAAAGUAUUAUGUGGGAGAGGUUGACAUUUCUACUCUUCCAAAGAAGCAAAACUACAAGCCACCACAACCAAUUCCUCAUCAAUCAGACCAAUCUUCUGGGGUUGUAGUAAAGAUGUUGCAGUUUUUGUUGCCUUUGUUGAUCUUGGCCAUAGCUUUUGCUUUCCAAUUCUAUAGUAAAGAGAAAUAGCUCAAAAUUUUCUAACUCCUUUCCAAACAAUGUCGAUCUUAGUUAACAAUUGGCUAAGUGAUAAAUAAUGGAAUUCUAGUUGAUCCCUUGUAGUGUUGAAAUGUUUUUGUAUUAUUAAAAUCCUAUGUGUAUGUGAACUUAAAAUAAUCCAUUCCAAUAUCCAAUAUACUUGUUUUCU